AUGCCUGAGGAAGUGCACCAUGGCGAGGAGGAGGUGGAGACCUUUGCCUUUCAGGCAGAGAUUGCCCAACUUAUGUCUCUUAUCAUCAAUACCUUCUAUUCCAACAAGGAAAUUUUCCUUAGAGAGUUGAUCUCUAAUGCUUCUGAUGCAUUGGACAAGAUUCGCUAUGAGAGCCUGACAGACCCUUCCAAGCUGAACAGUGGGAAAGAGCUGAAAAUUGACAUAAUCCCUAACCCCCAGGAACGUACUUUGACUCUUGUGGACACAGGCAUUGUCAUGACCAAGGCUGAUCUCAUAAAUAACUUGAGAACAAUUGCCAAGUCUGGUACCAAAGCCUUUACGGAGGCUCUGCAGGCUGGUGCAGACAUCUCCAUGAUUGGUCAGUUUGGUGUUGGCUUUUAUUCUGCCUAUCUGGUGGCAGAGAAAGUGGUAGUGAUCACAAAACACAAUGAUGGUGAGNNNNGUGCUGCUGUUCCUGAUGAGAUCCCCCCACUUGAGGGUGAUGAGGAUGCAUCUCACAUGGAAGAAGUCGAUUAA